GGACAUUGCGUAUGUCCUGCAAUGAACAUAAAUAAAUCAGAUUCAUAUAAAAAGCCUCAAUAAAGUGAUGAUAAGCAAGCAACGUUUCGCACAGUUUUCAAGAUGAACUCAACACGUACACAACUCUUCGCCGCCAUGCUUUUGCUCUUCUUGGCUGUGGUCAACUGUCAGUUGACCUUCUCACCAGACUGGGGCAAACGUUCGGUGGGCGGUAGCGUGAGUGGUGGCACAGCCGGCUUCUUCGAUACACAGUCUAGCGGCAAUUGCAAGACCUCGAAUGAGAUGCUGCUCGAAAUAUUCCGCUUUGUGCAGGCAGAAGCGCAACUCUUCCUAGACUGCAAGCAUCGAGAGUAGAAGACACGACAUUAUUCACCACAUAAAUAUUCGAAAUUUUUAAUUUGUAUGUGUAAUUGUUUUGCAUUCUUUAUUUGGGGUAGUCGGCAUUAGUUUGGAUGAAAUCCGAUUUUCAAUCCUUCAAAUGCUUAUUUAUAAUUAAUGCAUAAUAUAUAGUGUAAUACCAAUGAAUGUAUAUGUAAAAUACUUAUUAUAAAUAAAAUACUAAUGAAUGCAUGCCAGUAAAGCAAA